AUGUCGCUAAUGAAAUAUAGCGGGCGCUGGAAAGACGACUCUGGCCUUAUCCAACGUCGAGCUGCUCUCCCGGAUGACGUGCGCGACCUUUACAACCGUUACCUCAGGAAUAGGACGCGUCCAGAUCUGGAAGUGCUUGCUCGGCUGCUCGAGCGAGAGGCGAAACUCUUACCAGUCUUUGUCGUGGUAGAUGCUCUUGACGAGUGUCCUGAACGCAACAACACAAGGGAUGAGCUGAUCGCCGAGUUCCAAAAGCUGUCACAGAACGCACAUGUCCUGAUUACCUCUAGAUACUCUCAAAAGAUCGAAAACAGUCUUGGAGGUUUCCCACAAAUCGAUAUCAAAGCAACCGAUGACGACGUUAGGCGAUACGUCGAGGCACGCAUUGAACAAAAGAAGUCGCUGUCAGGGCAUGUCAGAUCGACACCGUCACUAAGGGAGGAAAUUUCCGAGACCAUCACUCGGAACUGUCAAGGAAUGUUUCUGCUUGCUCAGUUACACAUGGACAGUCUGGCGAGAAAGUUGAAUAUCCGCGGCGUCCGAGCAGCAUUGCGCAGCUUGCCUAUAGAACUUGACGAGACCUACGAACAGGCGCUGCAACGGAUAAAAACCCUUGACGAGGAGAAAACUUCCCUAGCCUACAGAGUGUUAUAUUGGAUUUCAUAUUCCUACCGGCCACUCACCGUUGCGGAACUAAAGCACGCCUUGGCCACUGAGCCAGACGACGACGAUCCCAACGACGAUCUCGACGAUGAUUUCGACGAAGAUGGCCUCUAUGAAACGGAUCUUAUGGUGACGGUAUGCGCUGGCCUGGUAACCGUGGACGAGGAAAGCAACCAGAUCCGCCUAGUGCACUACACAGCGCAGGAUUACUUUGAGCGUAUUCGCACGGGUCUGUUUCUCGGAGCACCUUCAACCAUAGCCAUGACCUGUCUGCGGUACUUGUUAUUCAAACCGUUUUCUGAGAUACAUUGCUCAACCGAAGAGGAGCUCGCAGCACGCCUUGACAAAUACCCAUUUUUAGGGUACGCGGCCAGCUACUGGGGAGAUCACAUACGUGACGAAAUGAACGACGAUAUCCGUAGGCUUGCCCUAGAAUAUUUGGGCAACAGCAUCCGCAUCCUGAGUACCUAUCAAGCGAUCGACGAGGCAAAGCAGCUUCGACUUUCCCCGAUCAAAAGUAUAAACUGUGGGAAAAUCACCCGACUUCACGUCGCCGCCUUGUUCAAUCUCGUCGAUAUUGCACGAAAUAUACAAACAGGGUGGGCCGACGUUAAUGCUAGAACGGACUGGGGUAUGACACCACUCUAUGUAGCGGCGGAGGCGGGCCAUACUCCAAUGGUCGACUUCCUGUUGCAGGCAGGGGCAAAUGUGGCAUCCAAAAAAAUCGGUGGCCUAACACCGUUGCAUAUAGCCGCUCGAAAUGGACACGAGCCUGUGAAAGACGCCGUGGCGUAUGGCAGAAAGAGACUUGCCGACAAAGAGCCUUCUUCUCCCACACUAGAUAAAAACGACGAAAUCAGAAACAGAGACAAGUCCGACUACGAGUCCGGCUACGAGGAGCUGGGCAGGACCCCGUUGAACCGCGCUGCUGAAAAGGGUCACGAUGCUUUGGUUCUCAUGCUUCUAAACAAUAAGGCCAACAUAUCUGCAACCGACGAAAAAGGUCAGACGGCGCUCCAUCAAGCCUCCCAAGCCGGUCACAUCAAGGUUGUGGAGCACUUGAUCGCUACAGGCAUAGAUGUCUUGACCAGAGAUGAAAGCGGUCAAUCUGCGUUGCACUAUGCGGCACGGACAGGUCAAGAAGCGAUAAUCAGAGUACUGAUGCAGAACAAUGCAGACGUGCUAGCGGAGGACUUUGAGGGGAAAACAGCAGUUGACAAGGCUGCCAUGAAUGAACACGAGACUGUCGUCAAGAUACUGCUGGAGCACAUGGGCAAGGAAGAUGAGACUGAGCGAUGGAUAGCAACUGCGCUUCUCCGCCGUGCAGUUGAGCAGGCAGACGAAGUCGAAGUCGACGCUCUAUUGAGGAAGGGGGCAGAUCCAAAUGUGAGUGUCAAGUGGGACGUCCCGCUUUUACACUUUGCCGUUACACGUGAGGAUGCCGAUGUGCUACAGCUCCUACUGGUGAAUGGCGCCGAUGUCGACAUAAAGGAGAGCUACGGCAGGACUCCUUUGCAUUGGGCGGCCUAUAGAGGCUACAGCACUGGUGUUCGGCUCUUGCUCGGCCACGGCGCCGAUAUUCAAGCAGCCGAUAACGAUGGGGCAACACCACUGCAUAUGGCAACGGAAUUUCAUGGAAGUGCUCUAGUGGUGGAGCAACUACUCCAGCACGGAGCACAACCAAAUGCAAAAGACAGGAACGGAGAAACAGCCCUGUCGUGGUUGUUCGGCUUAGGAAUAGAUGGGUGUAUGCCUCUCAUGGACGAGAAAGUCAGCCCCUUAACCCCCUGGACUGAAGACCGAACGGAAGAUGAUGAACAGAAGAGCGAACAGCAGGUCGAAGCCAAACAAGAGUCCAAUCACCGUCUUGCCGUGCUUGAUCUUCUCAUUCUAGCAGGGGCAGAUCUAGAUGCAAGCUAUGCUUUGUUGUCACACUAG